AUGGCGUCUCAGCGGCUGGCGCUGAAUCUUCAGCGGUCCCUUCGAAGCAGACAAGCUCUCAAAGCCAUCCAGUCUCCCCUUCGCCGCUACGCCAACCCGGUCACUCCCUCUAGAACUGAAAGCACCACUCUUUCAAAUGGCCUGACGAUUGCGACCGAGCAUUCGCCAUGGGCUCAGACCUCGACGGUCGGUGUUUGGAUUGAUGCCGGGAGCAGAGCGGAAACAGACAAGACCAAUGGAACUGCGCAUUUCUUAGAACAUCUGGCUUUCAAGGGCACUGGCAGACGAACCCAACAUCAACUAGAGCUCGAGAUCGAGAAUAUGGGUGGCCACCUCAACGCAUAUACUUCGCGUGAAAAUACCGUCUACUAUGCCAAAUCCUUCAACUCCGAUGUUCCCAAGACCGUCGACAUUCUUUCCGAUAUUCUACAAAACUCGAAACUCGAGCCUGCGGCCAUCGAGCGCGAAAGAGAUGUCAUUCUCCGCGAGCAAGAGGAAGUUGACAAACAAUUGGAAGAAGUGGUGUUUGAUCAUUUGCAUGCAACAGCUUAUAUGCACCAGCCUCUCGGCCGCACCAUCCUAGGACCUAAGGAGAACAUUGAGACCAUCUCCCGACAGGAUCUCGUGGAUUAUAUCACCACCAACUACACUGCUGACCGCAUGGUCCUCGUCGGUGCAGGUGGCAUUCCCCACGAGGAACUGGUCAAGCUCGCUGAGAAACAUUUCGGACAUCUGAGAUCCGCUCCGCCGACAUCUUAUGCUGCCGAAGUUGCCGCUGAGCAGAAGCGUAAACCCUCUUUCAUCGGCUCUGAGGUCAGGAUAAGAGACGACACAAUCCCCACUGCACACAUCGCCAUUGCCGUUGAGGGUGUUUCGUGGAAAGACGAUGAAUAUUUCCCCGCUCUGGUCACCCAGGCUAUUGUCGGGAACUGGGAUCGGACGAUGGGCAACUCUCCUUACCUUGGCUCAAGACUCAGCACAUUUGUGAACGCGAACAACUUGGCCAACAGCUUCAUGAGCUUCUCCACGAGUUAUAGCGAUACUGGACUCUGGGGAAUCUACCUCGUUUCCGAAAACAAGACGCAAAUUGACGAUCUCGUCCACUUUACCCUACGCGAGUGGUCUCGCCUCUCCUUCAACGUCACUGAAGCAGAGACCGAGCGCGCCAAAGCCCAACUUAAAGCCUCCAUCCUCUUGAGUCUUGAUGGUACGACGGCCGUUGCAGAGGACAUUGGACGACAAAUCGUCACGACCGGCAGGAGAAUGGAUCCCGCCGAGAUUGAGCGUGUCAUUGGCCAGAUCACGGCCAAAGAUGUGAUGCGGUUUUGCCAGAAGAAGCUUUGGGACCAGGAUAUUGCGAUCAGUGCGGUGGGCAGUAUCGAAGGCUUGUUGGAUUAUAACCGUAUUCGAAACGACAUGGCACGGAACUUUUCAUAG